GCGCUGUGAUCCACACACGCACAUACCGUACUUACCCCUUUAAAAGUCUACAUGUAAACCACUUGCAGCGCCCAACUUAACUUCCUAGCUACUUGUCCCAUUGUUACUUCCACUCUUUCAUCGCCUUCCCUUCAUCUUCAUCUCUCUCUUCCAUUAAUUUGGUCUUGUGAACAUGAAAUCAAUCUUAAUAAGGGUUCUAGCUUUGCUCAUUUCUGCACUAAUAUCAAUUGGCUCGCCGCCAGCUCUUGUGUCUGCAGCAACCCUCGCACCCGAUGAAGUUUCGGUGAAUUCAAUCAUUUGUUUGAGUUUCUGUUCAAUAUGCAGUGGACGCUUUGAAGCAAAUUAAGACGUGUUUGCAGAAGGAGGAUUGGGAUUUCAGUGUGGAUCCAUGCAGUGGAGAGAAGGGCUGGGUCACCCGAAAUCCAGUUCCAGGGUCUGAGACUGAGAAUGCAGUCACCUGUGAUUGCUCCUUCAACGACAACACCGUUUGCCAUGUCACUAGCAUAGUUCUCAGAUCCCAGAGUCUCGCUGGGAUGCUUCCACCAGAUUUGGUCGGACUGCCUUACCUCAAAGAAAUUGAUCUCAGCCGCAACCACCUUGAAGGUUUCAUCCCUGAACCAUGGGGCAGAAUGAAACUAGUAAACAUCUCCGUCAUUGUAAACAAGCUAACCGGUUCAAUUCCAAAGGAACUUGGAAACAUCAGCACACUUGCAAAUCUAGCUUUGGAGUCCAAUCAGCUGUCAGGAGCCAUUCCUCCCGAGAUUGGGAAUCUUUCUCACUUAGAGAAACUGCAUUUGAGUUCAAACAAUUUCACUGGGGAGCUGCCUCGAGAACUCGCAAAGCUGACCAACUUGAAGGACUUUCGGAUUAGUGACAACAAUUUCACCGGAAAGAUACCUGAUUUCAUCCAGAACUGGACAAAUCUUCAAAAGAUAGUGAUGCAUGCUAGUGGUUUGGAAGGUCCAAUUCCUCCUGGGAUUGCUCUUUUGACCCAAGUGUCUGACUUGAGAAUCAGUGACUUACAUGGACCCCAAUCAUCUUUUCCACAACUUAAUAAUAUGUCAAGCUUGAAGUAUCUGAUAUUGCGGAGUUGCAAUCUUAAUGGAUCCUUACCUAAAUAUCUUGGGACGAUGGAAAAUUUGAAGACUUUGGACCUCAGUUUCAACAAGUUAAGUGGAGAAAUUCCAAGCAGCUUCAGUAGCCUGGAAAAAAUAGAUAACAUCUACUUAACUGGAAACUUACUAAGUGGACCUGUGCCUGAUUGGAUGCUGAAGGGAGCGAAUGUUGAUCUUUCACUUAACAACUUUAGCUCAGGCUCCCAAGCUUGUCAACAAAAUAACACGAACUUGUUUGGAAGCUCUUUGAAUGAUAGCACUGGAAUUUCAUUGUGCUUGAUGAGCACUCAGUGCAAACAAACUUGGUCUUCCUUCCACAUAAACUGUGGUGGCAAUAAAGUAAAUGUUGACAGUGGCACCAACUAUGAAGCUGAUACUACAGACCUAGAUGGGAGUUCAAGGUUCUCCGGACGUGGAAGUAACUGGGCAUUUAGUAGUACAGGUUACUUCAUGGAUGACGAUCGCAAUUCAAAAUCCUUUAUUCAGAGAAAUACUACAAGGCUCUCUGUGAAUGAUUCCGAGUUGUACAUGGAUGCACGACUUUCUCCCCUGUCUCUGGUCUAUUACGGGUUCUGUCUGCGGAAUGAAACCUACAAAGUGAGACUUCACUUUGCAGAAAUCAUGUUUACUGAUGGCAAGAACUAUAGCAGCCUUGGAAGGCGUGUAUUUGAUGUUUACAUUCAGGGAAAGUUGGUGGAAAAGGAUUUCAACAUUGUGGAUAGAGCGGGUGGGGCUGGUAAGAGUAUCGCAAUGCCAUACAAGGCAACUGUGACCAGUGGCACACUGGAAAUCCGCUUUUAUUGGGCUGGAAGAGGGACAACUGCUGUCCCUGUUGGAGGAGUAUAUGGUCCUCUCAUUUCAGCUAUAUCAGUGGAUCCUGAUUCUAUCCCACCAUCAGGUGGAAAUAUUAUGUCCACUGGUGCAGUGGUUGGGGUUGUGGCAGCUGCAGCUUUUGCUAUUAUCUUGCUUCUAGUUAUCCUUUGGUGGAGAGGCUGCCUAGGAUGCAAAGAUACAAUGGAUGAAGAUCUAAAGGGUUUAGACCUGCAAACUGGUUCAUUCACUUUGAGGCAAAUUAAAGCUGCCACAAAUAACUUUGAUGCUGCUAAUAAGAUUGGUGAAGGUGGUUUUGGUUCUGUCUACAAGGGAGUUCUAAGAGAUGGCACCAUAAUUGCUGUAAAGCAACUAUCUUCCAAAUCAAAGCAAGGGAACCGCGAGUUUGUUAACGAAAUAGGGAUGAUCUCUGCUUUACAACACCCUCAUCUUGUAAAAUUGUAUGGGUGUUGCAUUGCAGGGAGUCAAUUGUUUCUAGUGUACGAGUACAUGGAAAAUAAUAGUCUUGCUCGUGCUUUGUUUGGCCCAAAAGAACUACAGUUGAAAUUGGAUUGGCCAACAAGGUACAAGAUAUGCAUUGGUAUAGCCCGAGCUUUGGCUUUUCUCCAUGAAGAAUCUAGACUUAAGAUCGUUCAUAGAGACAUCAAGACCACUAACGUGCUGCUUGACAAGAAUCUUAAGUCUAAGAUAUCAGAUUUUGGUUUGGCAAAACUUGAUGAUGAGGAUCAUACCCAUAUAAGCACUCGAAUUGCAGGAACUUAUGGAUACAUGGCACCAGAAUAUGCACUCCAUGGUUACUUGACUGACAAAGCAGAUGUAUAUAGCUUUGGAAUUGUUGCACUGGAAUUAGUCAGUGGGAGAAGUAACGCUAGUUUCAAGCCAAAGGAACCCUGCUUUAAUCUUCUUGAUAGGGCAAUUGAACUAAAGGGAGAGGGGAAACUGAUGGAGCUAAUGGAUCCCAAGUUGGGAUCAGACUUCAACAAAGACGAGGCGAUGGUGAUGAUUAAUGUAGCUCUUCUGUGCACUAAUAUCGCUCCAUCAGCUAGGCCUGCUAUGUCUUUAGCUCUAAGCAUGCUUGAAGGCAGAACAAUAGUUAUUAAGGAACCAGUCUCAGAUAGAACCGACUCAAUUUAUGGCCAAAUGAAGGUGAAGGGAGAAAUGGACGACAGGAAACUCAGCAAUGAAGGAAAGAUGACAGAUGGCCAAGUCAAUAGCAUAUCACUUGACGGGUCAUUUAUUGCUUCUUCCAUGUCUGUUGGCGAUCUCUACCCGGCCAAUUUGGAUUCUGACUACUGGGAGAAGAGAGACUAGAAGCAAACAAGAAAUGUUGCAUAUCAUCUUGGCAGGUUGGCCAUUUUUUCGCAACGGCUGAAUGCAUAAUGUCCCCAGAAAAUGGUAAGAAAGAAUUUGCAGCAAAAGGACAUCCAUCUCUUUCCUUAUAAUUUUCUUUCCCAGUGUGUUUGAGUAGAAAAUUCCAGUCUUUAUAUAGAUGUUAGAUACUUUGGUUAUUGAGGAUGCUUUCUGUCAUCCUCUUUUAUUUGUGUCAAGAACAUUGUUCGUGGAAGCCAUUCUAUAUCUUAUACCAUCUUGCUGCUAAAAUCUAUUUAUGA